AUGUCAACAACACCUAUCCCUGCACAGUCAAAAGUCAACGAGCCAAAGGGCACAAAAAGAACUGACAUCCUCUCUCUUGUUGUGUUUCUCUCUCUCUCUCUCUCUUUCUCUCUUUCUCAAACUGACCAAACCAAUUCAUCUCUCUCUCUCUCUCUCUCUCACUCUCUCUCUCUCUCUCUCUCUCUCUCUCUCUCUCUCUCUCUCUCUCUCUCUCUCUCUCUCUCUCUCUCUCUCUCUCUCUCUCUCUCUCUCUCUCUCUCUCUCUCUCUCUCUCGCGCCAUUUUCCUCCGAGCGCUUGGCAUCAUUCAGGAGGCCAUGUGGGCGCAAGGAUUUACCAUCGAUGCCAUGGACUGGAACUGCACCACCUGCACCUACCUGAACCAGGGGCGCGUCCACCGAUGCAAAGUUUGCUCGGCGCCGCGCGGUUCCUCGCGUCGCCACACCAUGUCCUCAGCCAAACUGCAAGAACAACAGAUGGCUAUUGAUAAUUUGAACCGCAACUCGAGCAACAAACGCGCCAAAGUGACCCGGCUGUUUGCAAACACCCCCAACGAUGCCAAGACGCGCCCCAGCACCGCGCCUGAUUCUUUGCAUGCAGAUAAGACCAGCGGACGCUUGAACCAAUCGCGAUUGGCCCGAAGCGACUCUGCUAGCUCCUCCAGGCUAUCCGAGGCAGAUGCCAGCCCGAUGGCCACUGAUAUGAAUGAGGCUGAGGUCACACCCAUUACCGUCCACCACAUCCAAUCUGACAUUAGCGCCUUUGCCCAAGCGUCAGCUUUGAAACGCGCCUCGUCGCCGCAGCCGCCUUACUCAGAGUCAGAGCCCAAGACGAUGAAGCAAGCCAAGGCUAAUCACCACAUGCGCGGCCGGUCGGACCCAACUGUGGGAUGGCGUACAGCGUCUUUAAGAUGGCACUGGUUGCUGCUAGUGGUGGUUUUGCUUGCCCCUGUGCAUCAUGGUCGCAAGCUCAACGUGCAGCUGUGUGGCACCUCACGCACCUACUGGAGCUCUUCGUGCGGUCCGAUUGGGGGGGAACUGGCCAGGCACUGUACCUUGUUUUGUGCUGAUGUGCGCCAGUCUCACGACAAUCGCUCCGCUGCUGGAGCAGGUGCCACCCAUUUCUCCGCCGGCUCCAAAGCUUGUGGCACGCUCAUGCUGGGCUGCGCCAGCCUCUGUUCACUCGUCGAGGUGCCUUGCCAGCCGGGUCUCAUUGGCUUUGCUGGCAAUCCUGAGCAACCCCUCUGCCCAGAAUCGGAUCAGGGCGUUGUGGAUGACCUUGGUAUUGAGAUUGUGCUCCACGAUCCCACCGAGGGCGCCGCCAUCAACCCCAAAGCCCAGCGCAAGCGCAUCCGCUACGACUGCACAAGCAUGGGCUCGGGUUUCUUCCGUUUCAACACGUCCAUCAUCACUGUUCAAGAGGAUGCCAUUACUGCUGAAAUUUCAGUGCUUCGCGAAUCCAGCGAUGUCCUGGUCAGCGGUGCAGUGGAGGUUCACUUUCUGGGCAGCACCGGAUCUGAUGGCAUCGACUUCCUCGUCGCCCCCGUUACCCGCCUGACUUGGGCAGUUGGCGACGACAGUCCGAAAACCUUUGAGAUGCAUUUGUCAAACAACCACGAACAUCUUCCCGAUGACCGCGUUCACUUUGCUCUAGCCAACCCAUCUGGUGGCAACCUCAAGUCAGACUUUGAAACCUGCACGGUUAUCAUCGAAAACACGCCCGCUGUCAUCAUCAACGAGACAGAACUGAUGAUUCGGAAGGCACUCGACAUGCCCUGGAUGGAGGACAUUGACGACCUCCAUGCCCGCACACGACUCCUCUCUGCCUGGCAGAUGAUGCCCGUACAGGCGGGGCAAGAAAUUAUUUCGCUCAAUGAAGUUUCGAAGCGCGUCAUUGUGAUCUCGACCGGACGUUUUCGCUACGAAAGCGGUGUCGUUUCGCGAACUCUGCUCCAACAAAUCGGCCCUGGUGCCAUUUUUGCGCCCCUUAUUGACUGCCAGGAGUCUACAGUGUCUCACGAGGGGGAGCUGGCUGCCAAUCAGGAUGUCUUUGCGUUGAUGCGCCGCCAAGUUUAUAAAACCAUCUUGAUCAACAACAACCGCAAAUUUCCCAUUUUUCUCUUCCCGGGCUUUAUGUCUUCGCGCAUGGAGUCAUGGAAGCACAAACAUUGCCAAGGUUUUGACGUGGUGCCUUUGGCGCAAGUGUGGCUUUCGCUUGAGCAUUUGAUGCAGACUUUGGUGGUUGAUGGCAAAUGUUGGCUCGACUGCCUUUCUUUGGGGCCCCGCCAGGCCGAUAAUGAGUGUCGAGUGCGUGCUGCCCAUGGCAUCAACGCUGUCUCCGAGCUCAGCACAGAGCUAAGCGGCAUUACUACGAUUUUUCGAACGCUCAUCGAAUACCUCGUUUACACGUGGGGCUUUGACGCCAACUCCUUGCUGGGCAUGCCGUACGAUUGGCGACUCUCGCCGAGCAUGCUGCAGUAUCGCGACGCCUUUUUCACGCGUGUCAAACAGAACAUUGAGCAAGCUUACGCCCUAAACCACAUGCCAGCGGUACUGAUUGGGCACUCGCUGGGCAACAGUGUCAUUCAGCAAUUUUUUUCGUGGCUCGAGACGAAUUUUGCCAAGACCCAUCUGCGAUGGAUUCACAAGCACGUGGUGGCUUACUACAGCAUUGCCCCUCCCCUCAUGGGAGCCACUCAGGCAACCUUUGCCACGCUGGUCGGCGACAACAUGGGCUUGCCUGUCAGCAGUGCUCAAGCCCGAGGCAUGGGCGCAACCUUUGGAUCGCUUCCAUGGAUGCAACCGCGACCGGCACCGUACCCCUCCCGCCGUGGCUAUAAACCGAGCCAUGCCUGGGGAGGACAGGGUGCCCGGACCCUACAGCUGCGCGAGCAUCUGCCUUGGAACGCAUCGCUGUCCCCUGAGUCCUGGCUGGUGGAUUUCAACGACAACACGCCAAAGACGCAGCAAACGAAAAGGUACCUCAAGGGCAUGACGCACACCUUGAACGAAUUGUUUUCGCGACACGUCUCCGACGCCAAUGGGGACCCUAAGACAAUGCCCGAUGGCGCCGCUCGCGACACUUCCACGACGUCGCAUGCGACCACAUCCAAAGCAACCUCUAGAGUGACAUCGACUGCCUCUUUGCCUGACGAUGAGGACUGGCCCGAUCUGGGACAGGCGCAUGCUCGACCAGAUGUACGCCAGCGCUGCUGCGAGCCCGCGCCGGACCAAAAACCUUUUGAUCAUGCCUUUGGCGGUCCGUCAGGGGCAUGUGUGGCCUCAGGUACCAACGCACCCCUGAUGGCUGGCGUGGAGAAUCCACCGUUCGAUGAACAACCAGCAACAGAAGGAGACCCGUCAUUUUCUUCGAGAAGCAACCCGUCCUCACGAGAAGCACUCAAGGAGGGCUGGAUGAGCCACAUCCUCAACAUCACGUUUCACAAUGGCUCCACGCUGUCGUUGACGCCCAAGGAUUUGCAAAGCGGCCGCGCAUUCGAAUUGAUUGCUCUAUAUGGACUCGAUAGCAUGUCUGCCAACGUCUAUGAUAACUACGUGGCCGUCAUAUAUGGAGUGAAUGUGCGAACCAAGCACUUUCUGGACCUUGAACAAUCAGCUCCUGCUGGACCCUACACGCCUCGGAAUACCUGGUGGGAGACCACUGGCGGUACUUUGGUGGAUGACAAGGGACAGGUCAAGGGCAAGACGGGCCUUCGGCGCAGUGGAGAUGGCACAGUUCCUUAUGUUUCGCUGUCUUGGGCUCAUGCCUGGCAUUUAAGCAAUGAGGUUCGAGUGCAAGAUCGACCCAGUCGCGUGCGCGAAUACUACAAGCACCUUUUGGGACAAUGGGGCGAACGCAACGUAUUCUCCGUCAUGAACACCGUGGAACCCCGUCAGACUCGUUUUGACUCAUUUCAGGAGGGAUUCUCCACCAGCAUUUUCGAGGUCGAUGGUCAGGAGCAUCGUGAAAUUGUGCGAUCCCGGGUUUUGCUAGAAAUUAUUGAUGAACUUUUGCAAGACUUGAUGCAGCAGUCGCUAUUUUUUGAGGACAGCCAAUACGAGGCACCAAUCACGAAUCAAGAAUCUGUGGAUCAGGAGCCCACGUCCUCAGCUGACAAGCCCACGGCGAGCUUGCCCGCCACUCUGUCUAAACGAGCCUCUCGAUUCAUGGACGACCUGUUACACUUUGAUCGCGACCGCGACUGGCACUUGCAGGACGAUGUAAAGGACUUCAUGAACACAUUGUCAGCGCUUCAAAAACAGUUGGCCAGCAUGUUGUAA